GCAUCAAUCAAAUCUAAAAUUUAAGAACAAAUAAAAGUAAAUUGAUAUACUUUCUCUUUCUUUAACUUUCUCACCUACAUCCUUGGCGAACAAUAAUAAAAUUACAUAUUAUAUUCACAUUCUCAUUCAAGAUUUCUCCAUUUACUUGGAAAGAUGUUUUCUUCUUCUCUGCCUCCGGAAAUUAUUCUCAAAAUCCUCUCUUUUCUUCCGGGCAAAACAUUACAAAAACUCCGAUUAGUUUCAAAGCAAUUCAACUCCUUAAUCUCUGAACCCUACCUCCUCCGUCUCCACCACCGCCAUGCCCUAAACUCCUUCUCAAUCCUAACCGCCUUCAGCCGGUACCAGCUGAGAUCCCUAACCAUAGAUCUCAAGCUCUUCCUCUUCACCCAACCCGACGACAUUGCUCUCGCCGUUCUCACCGCUCGCAAAGCUAUUCGGAUAGACGCCUUCGGUGAUCCUCGUAGCAACAUUGAGCAAACACUUAAACCCAUCACAAAACGCUUCUUUGGACAAAGAAUCAAAGUAUUCUCUUCUAACCAUCAGUUUCUCUGUAUCGUCACCGACAAGGAACAUUUUCUCUUCGACCCUAGUAACCUAAACAUCCUAGAAAUACCACAAUCUUCCACUUACACUUCUUCUUGCUGUUCUCUUGUCUCCUUUGGCUUCGUUUCAUCAACAUUACAAUACAAAAUCAUCAGAUUUUUUCUUCCUUAUCACCCACUUUGCAGAUUCGAGAUACUCACUCUCACCAUCAUAGGAAGAAAAUACAAUCAUCAUCUCGAGAUCUCGCCAUGGAAAUCACAAGAACAACAAUUUCCUUACCUUCUAAAACCAUACACUCCAGCUCACGCUGAUGGAUUCCUUUAUUGGAUAACAAAACAUGUUCCAAAGAUCGUAUCUUUCUCUCUAGAACAAGAGAAGUUCUCUGUUCUGUCUCCACCGCCAUGUUUUGAAGAUAACCCUAAUCACCGUUUUAACGUAUGUGGAAUCAGAGGGAAUCUUUGGGUAGUAGACUACAAUUCUCUUGCACCAGACAUGGAGCUUUGGAUGAUGAGUGGCUCGAAUGGAUCUGCUUGGAUUAAAACGCACAGUAUCGGGCUCAAAAAAACUUUCGUCCGUUACUAUCCAUCGUUUCAGAUCAGGAUUCAUGAUAUACAAUCUGAUUGUGUCAUCUUCGAGAAGUGGCUCCUGAAUUGCCUCCGCAAGAAGUCCUCUCUUUGCUCGAGCGCUUUAAUUGGGAUGUGGAGAGAGCCGGGGACCAUUACUGUGACCAGCGAUAUUCGCAGCAUCGUACUUCAUAUGCCGGAGAUUGAUCAGUCGUCUUUGCAGGGGUUUCAAGAGGGUCAUAUGCCGAUGAUUGGGGUUUCGAAUUUGGAACGAUUCUCACAAGAUGAAACAUCGACGGCUUUGGCUAUGGAUUUGAUGGACCUAAGUGCUCCGCCUCUUCCAUCGUUACAUGCUUUUGUUGGCUAUCAAAUCGGCAACUUUUCUUCUUAUGGUUUGAUGAACGUUGAUGUGGAUGAGAUGGGAGAUUUACACGAUGUACCUAUAAUGUCUUCCUCUCAAGAGCAGAUGAAGGCGGCGAAGAGGCCGAUCCACGCCGUGACGACAUGGGUUCGUCGGCAACCACCAAAGGUUAAAGCUUUUCUCGGUGUUGUAUCCGCCAUGACUGCUCUCGUUUUGUUGAGAAUGAUUGUUCAUGACCACGACAAUCUUUUUGUCGCUGCUGAAGCUGUUCAUGCCCUUGGAAUCUCCGUCCUUAUCUAUAAACUCACCAAGGAGAAGACUUGUGCUGGAUUAUCUCUCAAGUCACAAGAGCUAACGGCUCUGUUUUUGGCGGUGAGGUUGUAUUGUAGUUUUGUGAUGGAAUUUGAUAUUCACACGUUGCUUGAUUCGGCUACAUUGGUGACUACACUUUGGGUUAUCUAUAUGAUCCGUUUUAAGCUCAAAGCUAGUUACAUGGAAGACAAAGACAAUUUUGCUAUCUACUACGUCGUUAUUCCAUGUGUUGUUCUAUCAGUCCUUAUCCACCCAUCAACACAUCAUCAUAUAAUCAAUAAGAUUUCUUGGGCCUUCUGCGUUUACCUUGAAGCUGUUUCAGUCCUUCCUCAACUUAGAGUCAUGCAAAACACAAAGAUCGUGGAGCCGUUCACAGCACAUUACGUAUUCGCUUUGGGGAUCGCGAGGUUCUUGAGUUGUGCACACUGGGUCCUUCAGGUACUGGACACCCGAGGACGGUUAUUGACUGCUUUAGGAUAUGGUUUCUGGCCUAUAAUGGUCCUCUUCUCUGAAAUCGUCCAGACCUUCAUUCUCGCCGACUUCUGCUACUACUAUGUCAAGAGUUUAAUGGGUGGUCAGCUUGUUCUUCGUCUCCCAUCAGGUGUUGUGUAAAAUUUGGUGGAAACUAGAUAAGAAGAAGAUAUGGUGUUUGCUUGAGCUUAUGAUGUGGGGUCUUGCAGGCUAAUCGUUUUGAGU